GUCAAAACGAUCUAAAGAUCCAAUGCAAAUCUGGACGCGAACGUAAACCGUUCCUUCUUUCCGAAUUUAGAAGUUGGAAGUCCAACGUGAAAUCGUAGCUCUAACUUUAGAUAUUACGGCAAACACGGGUAGUGAUACUCUUCUUCAAAUCUAAAUCCUAAACUACAAAACCAAUCUUUCUACACCUCUCUUUCCACCACAGGGACCCUAGAAGAGUUCUAAGUUCUAGAUUCUUCUGAGUAGUAGUUUCUCCCAUUCUUUUCGGAAAAUGGGUAUCGACAUCAAGGCCGGCGGUCGCAAGACCGUGAACAAGCGCACGGAGGUGAAGGGCGACAACCCGUACCUGAAGCUCUUGGUCAAGACCUACAAGUUUCUGGCCCGCCGCACGGAAUCCAACUUCAACAAGGUCAUUGCCAACCGUCUCUGCAUGACCCGCGUCCAGAAGGCCCCAAUGAGCAUCUCCAAGCUCGCCGACCACAUGAAGGUAUGUGCUUGGAUUUUUUGCUCAUCGAGUUCGUUUUGCCUCAAGAUUGUGAUAGAUGUUUCGCAAGUUUUGAUUUUGCCUAGAAACCCAUGGCAUUAUCUCUGUUUAAAAAUCUAAAUUAUCCACUCUCAAAUUUAAAAAACAGGGUAAGGAAGACAAGAUCGCCGUCGUCGUCGGAACUAUCACCAACGACGUCCGCCUCCUGGAUGCCCCGGAAAACCUGAAGGUGUGCGCCCUGCGCUUCUCCGAAGUCGCCCGCAAGCGCAUCGAGAAGGCCGGCGGACAGUGCAUGACCUUUGACCAGCUCGCCAUGACAACCCCGCUCGGUAUUUGCUGUUUGUGGUUUUUUGCAUUUUUACACUCGCGGUUUGCCUGUUGUGUAGACGAGCAUGAAAAAUUUAGAGUUUCAGAUUUCUAUAGUUUGAUGAGCAGACGAUGAUUCUUGUUUCACAUGACAAACUCUUAUCCUACCUCUACAAUUAUAACAGGCAAGGGCUGCGUGCUCCUCCGUGGCGCCGUGAAGGCUCGCGUCGUGAACCGGUACUUCGGAAAGGCUCCGGGUGUCCCGAACUCCACUACCCGCCCGUACGUCCGCAAGGCCACCAACCUCAAGCGCAAGGGACGCAAGUUCGAGCAGGCCCGCGGCCGCCGAAAGUCCCGUGGCUUCAAGGUGUAA